UAUACAUAUACACACACGCACACAAUACUCAAGUCGGCAUCGGCAACAUCAUCCUCGAUUGGAAUGAGGAGAGUGAGUAAGCAGGAGGUUACAGGUUGGACGAAUAGCGCAAACCCGUUAAAAAGAAAUUCGUGACAGCCUAUCGACAUGGCGCGACAAGGUACAUUUAUUUUGAGUACUGUGGAAAAUGGAAUUCAAAAAGUGGUGCUGAAUAAACCUGCCAAGAAGAAUGCACUCUCGAUAUCGAUGUACGAGGAAUUGACGACACUUUUAAACGAAUCCGCCAAAAAUGAGAAAGUCUUGAUAUUCGCGCUGACAGGAAACGGCGAUUUUUUCAGCAGUGGCAAUGAUUUAAGCGGUGCUAUGACAAUAGGAGAAACUGGUAUCGACAAUGCCAAUUUGGCAGUCAAGAAUUUCGUCGACGCUCUAAUCCUGUAUCCGAAACUUUUGAUAGCUAUCGUAAACGGACCGGCAAUAGGAAUAGGGUCUACAAUGUUAGGGAUUUUCGAUAUAAUUUACGCUUCGAGUAAGGCAUAUUUCCAAACACCGUUCAGUUCCCUGGGCCUUGUCGCCGAAGCAUGUUCCUCGUACACGUUCCCCAGAUUAUUGGGACACUCCAAGGCUGGAGAUAUGCUGUAUCUGGGCUACAAGAUGAGUGCGCAAGAAGCUAAGCAACGUGGUUUGGUCAGCGAGGUGUACAAUCAUGAAUCCCUCGAGGGAGUAUGGAAUCAUCUCAACCAAGUAUCUAAGCUCUCCGCAGAGUCGAUACUGGCGACCAAAAGAUUGCUGAGCAAAUGGAACAAGGAGACUCUGUUGCACGUUAAUGCCGAGGAGAUAAAGGAAUUGAGAAAACGAUUUGACUCUCCCGACUUGCUCGAGAGGCUUCUUAGUUUCUUAACGCGAAAGAAUAAGAUCUAGAACGAGUAAAAGAAUGCUUGUAUUGGGUUGGCCAAAAAGUAAUUGCGUUUUUUUUUAUAUAAAUAAAAGGCGAAUUUUUCAU